UAACAAUCACUGACAAGCGGACGGUGAUGGACAGCGCGGACUAAUCUUUCAGACAAGCACUUUGAAAGUUCUAAUAACAGGAAUGUCUCCCCAGCCUGAGCCAGAUGGUGAGACAGACAAGGGACCUCCCUCAGAUGAGGACGAAGAGGGAGUGGAGAACAUUCCUACGCCACAGUUUGUCAUUGACAAUGCUAACUCUGAAUCAGAGAGUGAAAGUGAGGAUGGGGAUGGUUAUUAUGGAUAUCAGAUGUUACCACAGGAACCAGAUGAUGUAUCUGGUGAUACAACAGGCACAAGCGUUAUGAACACUGAUGAACACAGCCAGUCCAGUCAGAACAGUGAAAGUUUAACUGAGGCAGGAGCAGAGGGUCCUAUUUCUGCUGAUUGUGAUAAAGACAAAGCUGAACCUUUAAAUAAGCUUGAUCAUUUUAUGCUGCACCAAAAUGCUGGUGGACAGGCAACAGGCUACAUGAAGUUACCAGACCUACCAAAGCCUGAAUCCAAAGAACUAUUAUGGAACAAACAGAGAACAUCUAAUAUACAAAUGGAGCCAGGACAUGCUGAGAAAGUUAAGGCUGCCAUGACUACUAUCCACCUUCCUGCACCAAACAUUCCAGAUUGGGCCAAGAAUAUCUCUGAAGAGGACUGGCACAACAAACUCCUAUCCCUGCAGAAGAGCAACACUUCCUGAUCGUUAUAUCAAACCACUGGUUGUGUCAUUCUCUCUCAACGGUGAAGAGUCGCUUUGCAUUGUUCAGCUCCAUUGUUUAUCAGAAGUUUGUGAAUGACAAAAACAGAUAUGGAACUACAUUUCAUGCAUGACUUCCAUUUGUAAAUAUUCAUUGAAUGUUUAUUCUGUGAGACAAUUGUGCAAUCAUGAUUUAUGACAUACAUCUCAUACUGCGUAAGUGAAAUGCAGUACAUGUAUGUUAACUUAUUUCCUGUGCAACAAUUAAGGCUAUUAUAUUGUAUAUGUAAAUAAAAUUAAAAUAUCGGUCAUGUUAA